GAAAAGUCGAAGCUUGUUAACAUAUUGUUUGUUUGUGAUGAGUGGAACUCCAGUAAGGGUGGUUUGUCCACUUUCAACAGAGAAUUUGCAAUCAAUCUUGCUAAAGUAUCAAAGGAUGACUUGGCUAUUCACUGCUAUGUCUGUCAGAGCAGUGAAUCAGACAGAGAAGAUGCCAGAAAUAAUGGUGUGAAUAUAAUAACAGCAAAGAAUAUACUAGGGAUUAGUGACGGCCUGGAAUGGCUGAGACUUCCUCCCUCGGAGCUUCCACAUCCUGAUGUUGUGAUCGGCCAUGGACGAAAGUUUGGCACUCCUGCUUAUUUCAUUACACAAAUUACAAAGUGCAAAUGGGUACAGUUUGUACAUGUAUUUUGCGAAGACCUUGGAAAGUACAAACAAACUGAUACUAACACUCAAACAGAUGCAGUGGAGGAGAAGGAGAAAAAGCAUAAACAGGAAAUCAAUCUCUGCAAAGCUGCAAACACCGUGGUCGCUGUUGGUUCACGACUACAGCAAAAGUACAGCAGAUGUCUCCCAGACACAAAAGUUCACAUCAUCACGCCUGGAAUUUUGGAUAAGUUCGUUGGUCUUUCUGAUCAAAAACUUGCUAAUGCUUCGCAUAGUUCUGACGAGUUCAGUGUCUUUGUCUUUGGGAGAGGAUCUUAUGAAGAUCUGCCACUUAAGGGCUAUGAUAUCAUUGCCAAUGUGUUGGGUUCUCUUGGAGUAAAGUUUAAGAUGACAUUUGUUGGUUCACCUGAAGGCCAACAUAGUAAUAUAAUGGACUGGUUUCUACAAAAUACAAGUAUAACAAGGAGGCAGUUAACGGUACGUGGUUAUUGUAAUCAAGAUGAAGUGAAAGAGAUGUUCUAUGCAGCAGAUUUGGUUGCUAUGCCUUCUCGUACCGAAGGAUUUGGUUUGAUCGCCUUAGAAGCCAUUUCUGAUGGUGUUCCUGUUCUUCUUACCAGCGAAUCUGGAAUAGCCAGAGUUCUAGAACAAGUUUACAAUGGAACCUCUGUGAUCGUUGAAUCAGAGGAUCUGGAAGAGUGGUCCCAAAAAAUCAGAACUCUUUCCGAGAUGACGUUGACAGAGAGACUCGACACUGCUAUGAAACUCAGAGAAAGCUACAAUAAGGCAUUCCCUUGGGACACACAGUGUGAGAAUUUCAAAGAGAUCAUUUUCAGGAUGAUGGGUGAUAGUUGCUGUGGUGAACGUAACAAAGGUAAAAAUGUUCCAUGCCAUUGACUCUGCAUUUUCACAAUGGAGGGCUAUUACAUAUUGGUAAAAUCCAACUAGUUGUCUAUUAUCAAUGCUGCAUUCUGAUUGGUCAACCUGUUACUAGGCUAUAUGUUAUAGCCUACUAGUAGUGAAAAAACGCCGGCUUUGAAAACCAAAACAAGGGCGGCUGAAUUGCGUUUUGCUACCUAAAGUUGUUUUGUCUUUAUAUUUUUGACCAACUAGUUGGAUUUUACUUAAACAAUAUUCCUCUCGCCCUCAUGGCCUCUGAGUCAAUAGCCCAUUCGGCCUUCGGCCUCGUGGGCCAUUGACUAAGAGCCCAUUCGGGCUUGAGGAAUAACUGUUAAUUAGUUAAGUCCAACUAGUGGUCUAUUAUCAAUGCUGUGUUCUGAUUGGUUGAGCUACUACUAUGCUAUAUGUUAUAGCCCACCAGUAGCGAAAAGCACCGGCUUUGAAAAAACCAAAACAGUGGCGGCUAAAUUGCGUAUUGCUAGCUAAAGUUGUUUUGUCUAGAUAUUUUUGACCAACUAGUUGGAUUGUGUAGUUCCAGAAAAUAUCCAGACCCCCACCACGAAGGGAAUUGGAAAUUCCAGGGGGUUGGGGGGGUCAGAGGCCCAGGAAUUUCCUGAAGGGAGGGGGGUUGGACCAUAAAAUCACUUUCCAGGGGGGCAAUAUCAUUUCGUUUUUGACCUGAGUUUGAACAUUGCUUCUUACCGACCUGGUAGAUCAUUCUUAGGACAUAAAUAACUUGAAAUAUAUGACUUAAGAUUGUUCCUUUUGAUCUUAACCAGGUUUCCUGCCUUCCAAAAGCAUUUUGGAUGUAAUUUCAAAGGAAUUAGACCGACUACAACUCGUUUUAUCGGAUGCUCGUAUAUUCGGCCGCCAUUACUCCUUACCAGUCUUCCUCAAAACAUCAACGCGUGCAACACAUCACGUAACACAUCAUGUUGCGUCAGUCGAUUGAUAGAUCAGAAGAGUGGCAAUUUUGCUUCACAAAGCACAAGCUAUGCAUUGUAACCAUUUUAGAAUGUUGAGUUUUUAUUCUCCUUUUCAUUUUCCCUUAAUUUUGUGGUUGAACGUGUCGCAUGUUCAUGAUCGAAUUCUCGCUGAAGUGGUCUCGAUUUCACCAAACAUUUAUACGGCCAUCGCGCAUCACGUCGCAUCAGUCGAUCAAAAAACAGUAAAUUGAACUUGGUUUCCCUUCAAGUACCUUCAAGAUGCAGGGGGUAUUCAUUGUUAUCAUUUCAGAAUUCAGAGUUUUUAUUCUCCUCUUUGUUUUGUAUUAAUUUUGUGGUCGUAAGUUUGACUUGUUCUGCAUUCCCGCACGAAAUGGCGUUAAUUCUAUCAACAUUACGCCCAUGAGACGAAUAACAAAUCGUAAGCUUGCCCUGAUUAAGGUAAAUUCACAAAUAUAACCGACUUAUUAACUUUCUCUGUUUUAUUUAAAGUAAGAGAUGAGCAAAAAUGACAGAUCAGGUUGCUUUGUGGCGGUGUAGUGUGUUUUAAUGUUGCAAGAUCACUCAAAUAAAUGGAAACAGAAACAUACAAGCUUCUGAUGGAAACCGUUGGGUACUAACCAUAAGUUGCCUCAUUCUUCUACUUUAAUAGUCCUUCUUCGUGGAAAUGAAUUUUUCCAGAGGGGUUGGGGGGGUCUUUGUCACACUUGUGGAAAUUCCGAAGGGGUGGGGGGUCAUCAGUUCCCUGCAAAAAUGGAAAAUCCAGGGAGGUGGGGGGGUCCUAAGUGAAAUUCCCACCAUGGUGGGGGUCUGGAUAUUUUCUGGAACUACACAUUUUACAAAAACAAUAAAUUCAAUUCCUCUCCCCCUCAUGGCCUCUGAGUCAAUGACUCAGAGCCCAUUCGGGUUCGAGGAAUAAUUGUUAAGUAUCCAGUAGAAAAACCCCAAGAUACAAAUGAACGUAUAUAAGUUUCGUUUGUCACAAAUGUUUUUACGACCUUAUCUCCUUUAUUUUCAUUUUCAUAAUGGGGACAAAACACAAGAUUACAUUUUGUAGAGAUAUGGGUAAUGCUUGUGGCCUUUCCAUUGGAAGAUGAGAAGAUUUUAAAUCAGUAGAAGAUUCUACCAAAGCUCCCACCCACCCCUCCCCAGACAACCCAAGAUUUUGCCCUAAAUAAGAAGUUAGUGUUAACAUUGGGCAAGGGGAGGGGUAGGCGGGCAGUUUCCUAAAGUCCUCUUUUUCUUAAUUUUGAUGUGAUAUGAGACAGUUUUACAGGGUGUCCCAAAAGUUUGUUCCUCUAAUUUCAUGUGCUAUAACUUUUGAUCAAAACUUUUAAUAAUCUUACUUUUACAUGAAAUUUCAAAGAGAUGUUUAUUUGCUCUAUCAAGAACAUGUACUCAGACAAGUGAUAAUUCCCUCUAGAUUCAGAUGCUCAGUUACCGGUGUGCCUCCUUUGUUUGUUUGUUUAUCACAUUUCGUAAAGACAUUGCGUCAUGGAGUUGAAUAAGACCUGUGGCAUGUAGAGCCCCAGAUGAUCCAUUUUGAGCUCUUUUUUUUUAAUAUAACCUGGUACGCAGUAGCCAUUUCAACCCCCUAACAAGUAUACCUUUUUUCAGAUUAGGCAGCUGAAAAAAUAUAUAUAUUUUGGGCAUUCAUCCAAAAAAAGCCUUUCCACUGUGAGACUUUUGGACUUCUUUACAAAUUUGACACAAGCUGCACGUUGCUUGGCGGACUGAGCAGAGCUUUUUUUUUGCCAUCUCAGGGGCCUUCAACCUUCGCUUUUUAUGAACCUGUUCCAGACUUAGCUUGCUAACUGUUGUGUGAGUUACCUCGUCUAGUUUCCUCUGUUGUACCUAGCCCUUUGAAACUAUUUUAUUUUAUUUUAUUUUUUACUUUUCAAACUUUUAUUACAAAAUAUUUUAAAUACUGCACAGCGUUACAAUACUAAUAUCAUAGGUGACAAAUUACUCCUUAAUUUUGGCACGAAAUUUCAGCGUUGAUUUGUAAUUUCACAUGUGAAAUUACAAAAUUGCCAUGGCAACCUUCUGUACGUCUCAGUGUCAAGAUUGUGAUGAAGUUUUAAAAUGUCAUGAAUGAAGAUAUCAGGGCACAAAAAGACGCUUUAGAAAACUUGAAUACACGAAAGAGCACAUCAAGAAGGAUUCUAACAGGUAUUUUGUCGAGAAACUCUGAACUUACCUAAACCAAAUUUAAGCUCUAAAUCUUUGAUAGAGCGCAGGAGUUCUCGAUCGAUACGAUCCAUGAUAAACAUGUCAAAAAUCCAAGAUUGCUAACGUAAUUCGUCACCCAUGAUAUUAAUAGGUAAUCAAAUGGUAUACUCAUGAAAUUAGGGAAUAAUUUCACUUGCGUUUUGUCCAAAUCCUAAUAAAUUCCCUCACCUAAAGGCUCGGGAAAUUAUAAGGAUUUGGACAAAACGCGCGUGAAAUUAUUCUCUAAUUUCACUCGUCACAAUUUGAUUACACUUACUAACAUUACAUGACAUUGCAUGCUAUUACAUAACAAUAAAUUACAAUACAUUACAUUACAUUACACUAUGAACUGUAACGGUAAAGUAACUAUAAAAAAAAAAAAAAAAUGCUACUUUAUUCAUGACUUUUGGUCUUCCCCUUUGUUUUUCAGCCUUCAAAACCUUCAUUUUACCAGAUCCAACAUUCAGAUUUUUUCAGGUUUUUUUUAGCAGUUUCUUUAACUGAUAAGCAUAGCUGAACAUUUUAAGAAGGUUUAUCUUUCAUGAUAUUCACAAAAAACAAGGAAUGGAUUCUGGCAAUUUGUGCUACAAAAUACCAAAAAAAAAAUGUGGCAGGAAAAUAUACUCGUGCGCGAGAAUACCAAAGGUAUUCGAGUCAAAAGAAGGCACAACAAAUAUAAAAUAUUAAAUUAGAUUGAAAAGACACAACUUUUAUUUAGAGAUUUGCUUAUGCAGUCCAAUCGUACUCAAGAGAGAAUGAUCUUGUGGUACUGCAUUACAGACUUGUAAAGCAGAGGAACGAACUUUUGGGACACCCUGUAGAUCAUCUGUGAAAAACAGAAAACAAUCAACCAUGUUAUCUUUAUAAUUUUGUGUCACUGAGUGUAAAUAAUGAGCAGUUUCCAUUGUUUUCUUUUUCCUAUUCUCCAUUCCCAUUUUUUAAAUUUGCAAUCUAUUUCUUUCUAACAUUCGUACUCGAAAAUAAUAAUUUUUUUAUUGUCUUCUUGGGGCAAGGUGUCUCAUCCAUUCAUGAAAAGUCUGUUCCAGUUGAUAUAGAGGACAUGCACAGUCAUUUCAAAGCUGUAUAUGAUGAUCAAGAUGUUCAGGUGUUACAUGCUGCUGCAGAGAAUGGAAACAUUGAAAUCAUUGAGGUAUUGGUGUCACAAGGAUGUCAUGUAGAUUCAAGGGACAAGGAUGGUGUAACUCCACUAAUGUUGUCAGCUCUUAAUGACAAACCACUUGCUUUUCAGUUGUUGUUACAGAACAGCGCUCAUCCAUGUUUAAAAGCCAACAAUGGGUACGGUCUACUUCACUUUGCUACACUAGGGCAAAAUACAUCCAUUAUCAUCAAGCUGUUAUCACUUGGUCUUGAUACUGAUUCAAGGGACACACAAGGUGCCACUCCACUGAUGUACGCAGCUGCUUUUGACAAGCAAAGUGCCUUUCAGCUGUUGAUAGAAAAAGGGGCUGAUCCUUCUUUAAAAGCUGACAAAGGGUUUAGUUUGCUCCACUAUGCUGUCAAUGGUGGAAAUCCAUCCAUUAUCAACAAGCUGUUAUCACUUGGUCUUGACAUUGAUUCUAGGAAUGGCCAUUUUGACCGCACACCACUAAUGUGGGCAGCUGCUGAUGGUAAACAAAGUGCUUUUGAGAUGCUGAUACAAAAUGGUGCAGACCCAUCUUUGAAAGGCAGUGGUGAGGAAAAUCUGCUCCACUUUGCUGCACAAGGAGGAGAUAUAACCAUUAUAAACAGGCUGUUAUCUCUUGGUCUUGACAUCAAUUCAAGAAGCUUACCAGGUGAAACACCUCUAAUGCGUGCAGCUGCUCAUGGCAAACAAAAUGCUUUUGAGAUGUUGAUACAGAAUGGCGCUGAUCCAUUUUUGAAGGAAAACGAUGGUAGCAAUCUGCUCCACCAUGCUGCAAAUGGUGGAAAUACAUCCAUUAUUGAUAAGCUGUUAUCACUUGGUCUUGAUGUUAACUCAAUGAGUUCUUUUGGCUCCCCUCUAAUGUAUGCUGCUGAGUGGCCUCAACAAAGAGCUUUUCAGAUGUUGAUACAAAACGGAGCUGAUCCUUUUUUGAAAGAUAAGGAUGGAUCCAGCCUGCUCCACUGUGCUGCAAAAGGUGGAAAUACAUCCAUUAUCAACGAGCUGUUAUCACUUGGUCUUAAAAUUGAUUCAAAAGACCUCAGUGGCAAAACUCCGUUGACUAUAGCA